GCCGGGCCGGGCCGCGCCGCGCCGCGCGGGGAGCGAGGAGCGGAGCGGAGCGGAGCGAGGCGGAGGCGGCGGCCUCUGUAUGGCGGCGGCGCGGAGCGGGCCCGGGGCUCCCAGCCAUGCGCGCCCGGCGGCGCCUGCCGCCUCGCCAGGAUCAAGUAGAACAUACUGAAUCAGCAGAACUGGCUCAUUGUGCAGCAGUCAUCAUGAACAGGCACAGGGUCAUUUGUUUCUUAACACAUGUAUAAGAGAAAAAGGUUCAGGCAAGGAACUGGGAGGCAUUUCCUGACAAAUGGAGAACUAUUUCCAAGCAGAGGCAUAUAACCUUGAUAAGGUUUUAGAUGAAUUUGAACAGAAUGAAGAUGAUGCUGUUUCACCUACAUUAUUGGGUGCAAAGUGGAAUCAGAUUUUAGAGCCCCCGUCUCAUCGUCUCUCAUUUAAUCCAGCUCUGACCAACACAAAUGACGCUACAAUUCCUAACGAGUGUCAGCAAAGAUUAAAAUCUUUUUCCCUGGCUCAUUCAGCCACCACAUCAACAGGAGCAGGGGACAGCUGUGCUAAUGGAAAAGAUCUUAGCAUAAACUCAGAGACCCCAACCAUGUGGAUUGAUGACCAGGCAACAGCAGAUGAUCAGUUAAUUAAGAGAAAUAGUAAUUGGGAUGAUCAGUGUAAUACUUUGGAAACAGGAGAAAACAAAUGUGGAAAUAUAGCCUGCUUGCCAGAAGAAAAAAACGUUCUAGUGGUGGCAGUCAUGCAUACCUGUGACAAAAGGACACUACAAAGUGAUGAUUUGUUGGAUUGUAAAAAUUACAACAGUCAGUCUCUAAUGGACACUAUUAGCUUUACACUGGAUAAUGAAAACCGUCAGAGUGAUCAGUUUACUGUUACGGUAAAUGGAUCUACUGAAAAAGAUACAGAUACAGAGAAACAAGGAGUACAGUUAGAUCAGCUGUACACUGAGGAUGACUCUGUUAAACAUUUGGUUAGUGCUUCCUCUGAAAGCUUGUCUGUUGCUUGCUCCACCUCUCAAUUAAAGGAUGAUUUUAAUAAGAGUAGAGACCCUCUGUUCUCAGAGUCAAUAGUUGCAGGGACAAAUGUUGUGACCUUGUUGCAGAGGCCUGUGGAUGGUACCAUUAAAGCUCAAGAAUGUUGUGCAUCAGUUGAAGAUUUUACUAACAAAGGCAUUACUCAGAGAACAGAUCUGGAAGCUAAAAACUCUUCUCCUGGUUCAAGUAAUGGAAGCUGCAUUGUAGAAGAUGCUAUAAAGGAACAAGCAGCUGAACAGUUUCAAUCUAGGCUACCUGGGCUCUCUGAGACUUGUCAGCCUAAUGUGUCUGAAAGUGGCAAUUACAGUGAACACUUUACAGAAUGUUUUGCCUCUGAGGAUGUUAGUGCUGUUGAAAGUGAAGUCAGUGAAUGUGAAAAAAUUCUCAGCACGACUGAAUUGCUGAGCGUGGCAGAGUGUUUCCCUGAAUCUCAGGAGAUGACUAAUUGGGAAUUGACUAAAGUGAAUGAGAUGAAUAAUAAGCAAACUCUUGGAGAGAAUGAAAGACUGUUGCAGAUGAAACAGCCUGAGGAGGCUUGUAGUAGUAGUAGAGAAGGCGGAGAUGGGAUGAUGGAGGCAGGCAUGGACUUAAAGGGGACUUGUAUAGAUGAUCUUGAAGGGUCCAGUCUCUCUGAUGUUAUGGGUACAUCAGCAGCGAGCUCUCUGUCUAAUGGUUGUGAUUCCUAUGGAAUGCAGAACCCGAUUGUUGCUCAUAUUCCAAAGACUUUACCCUCCAAGGAAGACUCAGUGACAGAGGAAAAGGAGAUAGAGGAAAGCAAGUCAGAAUGUUACACUAAUGUUUAUGAACAGAGAGGAAAUGAGGUCACGGAAGGGAGUGGUGUCAUUUUAAACAGCACUGAUGACCAAAUGAAGAAAAAUUACUUGCAUAAUCUCUGCAGUCAGGUACCAUCUGUGCAAGGGCAGACAUCACCAAAAACAGUAACUAAUCUGCAGCCUAUCAGUGUUCCUUUUGGUGGUGCAAGACCCAAACAACCUACAAAUCUUAAAUUGCAAAUUCCAAAGCCAUUAUCGGACCAUUUACAGAAUGACCUUGUUCCCCCAAACUGUGGAGGUAAUAUUAAAAAUAAAAAUGUCUUUGGUAAGGCAAAAUUAGGGGAAACCUUGGCAGCAGAUAUGUUUCCUGGUGAGACAUCGUUAAAUACCUCUAUUGCUGAUACCAACGGGGAACAUUUAGAAGAGUAUGAGUCUGGGGUCUCUAGUAGUCCGUGCCUUGCAGUAGCCCCAGAUAGUCCAGAUAAUGAUCUCAGAGCUGGUCAGUUUGGAGCUCCCACCAGAAAGCCAUUUACUACUUUAGGUGAGGUGGCUCCAGUUUGGGUUCCAGAUUCUCAAGCGCCAAACUGCAUGAAAUGUGAGGCCAGAUUUACAUUCACCAAAAGGAGGCAUCAUUGCAGAGCUUGUGGGAAGGUUUUUUGUGCAGCAUGCUGCAGUUUGAAAUGCAAGUUGCUGUACAUGGACCGAAAAGAAGCCAGAGUAUGUGUAAUCUGCCAUUCAGUACUAAUGAAUGCUCAAGCCUGGGAGAACAUGAUGAAUGCCUCAAGCCAGAGUCCUAACCCUAACAAUCCUGCUGAAUACUGUUCCACUAUCCCUCCCUUGCAGCAAGCUCAGGCCUCAGGAGCACUGAGCUCUCCACCUCCCACGGUGAUGGUUCCUGUGGGAGUUUUAAAACACCCUGGCACAGAAGUGGCACAACCUAGAGAACAAAGGCGUGUCUGGUUCGCUGAUGGCAUAUUACCUAAUGGGGAAGUGGCUGAUGCAGCAAAAUUGACGGUGGCUGGGACAGCUCCUGCAGGAACCUUAGCAGUGUCACAUGAUCCAUCCAAGCCUGUGACCAACAACAGUUCAUCCGCAGAAACUGAUAACACAUCUGCGUUCUCGGGAAGUAUAACUCAGGUUGGCAGUCCAGUUGGCAGUGCGAUGAAUCUAAUCCCUGAAGAUGGUCUUCCUCCAAUUCUCAUCUCCACUGGAGUAAAAGGAGAUUAUGCUGUAGAAGAAAGACCUUCUCAGAUAUCUGUAAUGCAGCAGCUGGAGGAUGGUGGCCCUGACCCUCUCGUGUUUGUUUUAAAUGCAAAUUUGCUGUCGAUGGUUAAGAUUGUAAAUUACGUGAACCGGAAAUGCUGGUGUUUCACUACAAAAGGAAUGCAUGCAGUGGGGCAGUCUGAGAUCGUGAUUCUCCUGCAGUGCUUGCCUGAUGAAAAAUGUUUGCCCAAGGAUAUUUUUAAUCACUUUGUACAGCUUUAUCGGGAUGCCUUGGCAGGUAAUGUCGUGGGCAACUUGGGGCACUCCUUUUUCAGCCAGAGUUUCCUUGGCAGUAAAGAACAUGGCGGAUUCUUAUACGUGACAGCUACGUAUCAGUCACUGCAGGACCUGGUGCUCCCUACGCCGCCCUUCUUGUUUGGGAUUCUCAUUCAGAAAUGGGAGACUCCCUGGGCUAAGGUAUUCCCCAUCCGACUGAUGCUGAGGCUUGGAGCUGAAUACAGACUUUAUCCCUGCCCACUUUUCAGCGUGAGAUUUCGUAAGCCAUUGUUUGGGGAAACUGGACACACCAUUAUGAAUCUUCUGGCGGACUUCAGAAAUUACCAGUAUACAUUGCCGGUGGUCCAAGGCUUAGUGGUUGAUAUGGAAGUGAGGAAGACCAGCAUCAAAAUUCCCAGCAACAGAUACAACGAGAUGAUGAAAGCCAUGAACAAGUCCAACGAGCACGUUCUAGCCGGGGGAGCUUGCUUCAAUGAGAAAGCAGACUCACACCUCGUGUGUGUCCAGAACGAUGACGGGAACUACCAGACGCAGGCCAUUAGUAUUCACAAUCAGCCGAGAAAGGUGACUGGUGCCAGCUUCUUCGUGUUCAGUGGAGCUUUAAAAUCCUCUUCAGGCUACCUUGCCAAGUCCAGUAUUGUCGAAGAUGGUGUAAUGGUCCAGAUAACUGCCGAGAACAUGGACUCCCUGAGGCAGGCUCUGAGAGAGAUGAAAGACUUCACUAUCACUUGUGGCAAAGCAGAUGCUGAAGAGCCUCAGGAACAUGUUCAUAUUCAGUGGGUAGAAGAUGACAAAAACUUUAACAAGGGUGUUGUAAGCCCCAUUGAUGGCAAAUCCAUGGAGUCUAUAACAAGUGUGAAGAUAUUUCAUGGCUCAGAGUAUAAAGCAAAUGGCAAAGUCAUCAGGUGGACGGAGGUGUUUUUUCUGGAGAAUGAUGAACAGCAUAAUGGUCUAAGUGACCCAGCAGAUCACAGCAGACUGACUGAGAACGUAGCCAAGGCUUUCUGCUUAGCACUCUGUCCUCAUCUGAAGUUACUGAAGGAGGAUGGGAUGACUAAGCUCGGUCUGCGUGUCACACUUGACUCGGAUCAAGUUGGUUAUCAAGCUGGGAGUAAUGGACAGCCACUGCCCUCUCAAUACAUGAAUGACCUGGACAGUGCCUUAGUGCCAGUGAUUCAUGGAGGGGCAUGUCAGCUGAGUGAGGGGCCAGUCAUAAUGGAGCUCAUCUUUUAUAUUCUGGAAAACAUCUCAUAAGAGGACUUCAUUUUCUGUUCAGACCUGUUCCAGCAGCAGUUGUAUCUGAAUCAUUUGCACUUUAAAACUGGAAGAUUAAGCUUUUGUUAACACUAUUAUUAAGGGGAGGGGGGCGGGAGGCGGGUGGGAGGGGACAGUUGUUCCACACUUCUGAAUCUUCUAUGCAUUGUCAACAAACAGAGGAUCAGGGCAGCUUCUAUACUACAAAAUGGCUAUGCUCUCCUUGCAGCUAAUAUACUUCUGUUACUGUUUAGAAAAAUAAUGCUCAUGUUUAAAGACUUAAUGACAGUUAUGUACUCCAGAUGCUCAGAUGGGUGCAGAGAUCACUGGGGCAAAAAUAAAAGAUGAAACCUGUACUGUUUGUAGAUGGACAUAUGAGAAGAAACAAUCAAGACCUCCAUUCUGACCUCAUCACAAUGCCGUUUGUGGUUGUUCUGUAGACAUUAAAAAGUAACGUUUACAUUGUUUUGAUCAGAUUAUUGAAGUAUGUUUGAGAUGCUUGAGAUAUUUCCUAAAGAAAGAGAUGCCCAAGAAAGUUAUCUAGCCAUAAAUACAUCUGUAUAUGAGCAAAAGAAGUGGCGUCUCUCCAAAAGCAGUACGUUAUUUAAAUUGAAGUUGUGUGUGUACAAUAUGCAACCAUACUUAUCUGUUCCCCUAGUUCCUAUAAGGACUUGUCACCUCAGCAGAUUUCUUGAACCUCUAAAAGAAUCGUGCAUUUUGUUUACAAAGCUGUGCAAACUGCAAAGAUCUGCACCCGCCAUCGGCCAAAGCCUGCAAGUGCAGGUCUGUAGCAUUCCUGUUUCCUAGUAGGUCCUGCUUUUUUAAAGAAGAGUAAUGCCCAGGGCAGCUCUGUCUCCUCCCUGCUCUGAUGCUAGUGUUACACUACAGCAUAUGUAAUACAAUCCAGCCUGCACUCCAUAGUGGUAGUAUCAUGUAAAGCUAACCCAUGACAAAAGCACAGAGUGGCUGUUGCAUGUUCUGCUGAAAAAAGCUUUUGGUUCAAGCUCACAGGACUUGCACUGGGCCCAGGGCUCUUGGUCUCACAUGUGGGGAGCAGGUGUUCCUCCUGCCUACAGCAUCAUCAAGCUGGAAGCGAGGGUCACAAAAUAUGGAGCCAGAUCCUUACCAAAUCAAACUUUGCAUUCACAGAAAGUGGCCAGGCACCAGGAAGAGCUGAAAGCAGGAGGAAGGGGCUUAGUUUAGUCUCGACCCCCUCCCCCCCACAGCAGCUGCUGUCUGUAUGCCCCUGGAACAGGGCUGUAACUGAGUCCAAGUCCCAGCAAAGCAGGGGAGGGCUAGACUCUGGUUGGCAGCCGUUGAGGUGGUGACAAAGUCACAUCUCAGGCAGCAGGGACAAAGUCAAAGACUAAUUGUGCUCCAUCACCAUUUGGAAGUAGGGUGCAGCAGGGAGCACUCCCCUUCUCCCACUGUGUGUAAACAGGGCGAGAGCUCUCAAUGCAGGCUGGCGUGCCGAUCCUGUGCUUCUUUAAGCAGGCAGAUGUGUAUAGCAGCAGCUGGGAGAAGGGAAUUGUAACCACGCCAGUAGCAAUCUCUCUUACCUAAAGACACCCUGUGCGUGUGCCUCGUACAGAGUAAAUGGCUAUUCCUUUUUUGCAAAAUAGCAAACCCAGUACAAGAUGUUAUCCUGAGCCCUGGUUCAGGGCAGGGCUGCAGAACUGGAGCCCAAGUGAAUUAGUAUGGUCAGCAGAAAAGGAGAGCAUUCUGGUCCCUUUUCUUUGAGUUCACAGUAAGAUGAGAGCUCACCUUUGUCCCUGGGGAAUGGGUGGCAAGAUGCUGCUUUCAAGGUUUCAGGCUGCUCAACCGUCAAGCUCCUGCACAACUUCCUUCGCCUUUGUCCGCUACAGAGAUGCACGAUUAUGUUGCUGCUGCUGUCGGUGUCGUUAGCUGGGCUUGAGUUCCCUAAAAAUUCCCUUCCUCCAUUUGGUUUUUCCACCUUCUGUCAUGUGAGCAAGCCGCUGUGGCCAAAAGCUGUUUUAAUAAACCACAAUAAAACCCUGAUCCAGGAGCCAGCGUUCCAGCUUUGCCACAGGACAUGCUUUCCAGUUGCAUCGAGUUGUGCUUAGUGACGCAGAAAGAGAGGCUACAAAAAAACUUUAUCUUUGCUUCCUUAUCCCCAAGAAAGUCAUUUAGGUUUGGAUUACGUUUGUGCAAAACACUAUUGACUGGUGACUGAUUUGUUUGCUUCAACCAUAGCCUUUUAAAUGACCUUAAUUACCAUAUUGUUAAGAAAAUGAGUAAUUGUUUUAGAAAAAAAAAAAAUGUACUUUUAAAAUUCAGUUAGUUAACACUGCAAAAAACUGCAUAUUAUAUUUUUAUUUUCAACAUGUAGUUUUGUAUAUUAAAUUUAUUGAAAUUAAAAACUAAA